UUCGAUACCAAGUUUUCAAUAACAUUGAACAGAAAAGAUGCUCUUACAGAAGAUGAGAAGACCUUGGCUUCAUAUGGGAUUGUUUCUGGUGAUUUGAUAUGCUUAUUACUAGAGGAAGCAGACGGACAACCCAACCUACCUCCUCCUCCUUCUGCUCCUCCCUCACUUCAGAAUGGUCAUGAGCCGUCCACCUUGAUCCCCAAGAAGAGUCAGGCUGACAGCCCAACAGAAGAAAGGCAGAAUGAGCAGUCUGACAACCAGAAAUCUCAGGUGGAAGUUCAAAAGAGUGAUGAGAGGGCAGGAUCCAGCCUAGAGUUUCCUUCUGGAUUAGUCCAAGAAGAUGUUGACCUGGAAGAAGGUACAGGUUCCUAUCCCUCUGAACCCAUGCUGUGCAGUGAAGCUGCUGAUGGUGAGAUACCACAUUCCUUAGAGAUGCUCUACCUUUCUGCUGAGUGUACCAGCGCCACUGAUGCCUUGAUUGUUCUACUACAUCUUCUCAUGAUGGAGACAGGCUAUGUGCCUCAGGGAACAGAAGCCAAGGCAGUGUCUAUGCCGGAGAAAUGGAGAGGGAAUGGUGUUUAUAAGCUACAGUACACACAUCCCCUUUGCGAAGAAGGUUCUGCUGGUUUGACUUGUGUGCCUUUGGGAGAUCUUGUUGCUAUUAAUGCAACAUUAAAAAUCAACAAAGAGAUUAAAGGCGUUAAGAGAAUACAGCUGCUGCCAGCAUCCUUUGUUUGCUUUCAGGAGCCAGAAAAAGUUGCAGGUGUUUACAAAGACCUUCAGAAACUAUCUCGUCUCUUUAAAGACCAGCUCGUUUACUCUCUUCUGGCUGCUGCCCGACAAGCUCUGAACUUACCAGACGUUUUUGGGUUAGUGGUCCUUCCUCUUGAGCUCAAGCUUCGGAUUUUCAGACUUCUGGAUGUCCGUUCACUCAUUUCUCUUUCUGCUGUUUGCCGUGAUCUUUACACAGCUUCAAACGACCAGCUCCUGUGGAGGUUUAUGUAUCUGCGAGAUUUCCGAGAUCCUAUUGCAAGGCCUCGUGACACAGACUGGAAAGAACUGUACAAGAAAAAGUUGAAACAGAAGAAGGAGGCCUUGAGAUGGAGGCACAUGAUGUUUCUGCCCCCUACACCUCAUCCAAUCCCCUUUCAUCCCAACCCAUUCUAUCCUAAUCCCUUUCCUCCCAACCCAUUCCCAUCAAACCCAAUCUAUCCCCCAAUGAUCAUUGGUGGAGAAUAUGAUGAGAGACCAACACUUCCAUAUGUUGGAGACCCAAUUAACUCACUCAUUCCUGGCCCAGGAGAAGCCCCAGGCCAGUUUCCUCCAUUCAGACCACAUUUUGACCCAAUUGGUUCCUUGCCUGGAGCAAACCCUACACUUCCAGGACGAGCUGGUCCCAAUGACAGGUUUCCACCUAGACCCAGUCGGGGCCGCCCCAUGGACAUUCGCCGUGCGUUCAUUUAAUUGCUGCUUUUUCCUUCAGUGAGUUUUCUAGUCCCUGAGCUUGCUUUCUAACUGCAGGAGAUUGCAAAUCCCAGGCACUAACAUCUGCCCUCUCUUCAGACUGUGGCACGAACAUCUGUGCAUGGUGAUGUUGCAGCCACAAAGGUUGGGUUUGUUUUAUGCCCUGGUAGUACUGUACCACCUGGCACUAAGGUCUGUUUCACAAAGAGUUACUGCUUAGAACAGUUUGUUCUGCUUUCCCCCGCCCCCCACCCUCUGCCCUUAAUCAUCUGUGAAGUGCUACUUAGAGACCAAAAGGAUACCGGCCAAAUAUUUGCUGCGUCAGAUAAAGAGCACUUUAAACACAAA